UAUGUUGGGUAAGUCCUCCAUACAAAAUAAGCUAAUAGCUUAAAUUUCUGGACAAAUAAAACACGGAUAAUGAUGUAUUUGUUGUACAGAAGCGGAGAACAAUGAUUUGACACCAUCUUCUUUGAAAAUUUCUAUAAGAUAACCGAAAUUAAGAAAAUAAAAAUCGCUUUGGUUUCAGCUAUUACGCCGAUCUGUAAUUUCUGGAUCGGCUUUCGGCACAAAUUUGAUUUCCUUCUCUCACUAGGUACUUUUCAUGUACUCGCUCUCAGAUUUUCGUUCAACAAACGAAUGCGCCAUGUUUGUUCGCUCCAUCGCGCACAAUUGCUACAAACUCCAGUGCGGGAACAUAAUGAUCCAACAAAACGUUGUGAAACUGGAACGAAAGAAAACAAAGAAAUAUAAACAAAUGACGCUUUCACAGUCAAUCACAGAACCGCGUAAAUUGUAUAAACUACACUGAUUUAUUUCGUUCUUUGCCGGUAAAUUUGUAAAAUAUGUUUUCCUAUGAAUUACCCGAUGGAGGUUUACGUGCUCGUUGUUAUAUAAAUUCCGAGGGCGACAUCAAGUUUGAUCCUCCUGUGUACGAGCAACGGUAUACUACAGCAGUGCGCAUACUGGAAGACUCACGGUGGGGACACAAAUUUAAAAAAGUUGUGGACUUCGGUUGUGCCGAUAUGCGAUUGUUAUCGCUCCUGCGACGCGUUGAAGGCAUUGAGCAGAUAUUAGAGGUUGAUAUUGACGAAGAUAUUUUGAGAAGUAAUAAGUUAAGAGCAGAACCACUUGUAUCCGAUUAUUUGAAAAAGCGUGAAGGUCCUUUACGCGUGGAACUAUUGAAAGGCAGUAUUGAUGCGUCGGUGGAACAAUUGCUUAAUGUGGACGCAGUUAUCGCUUUGGAAAUAAUUGAACAUUUAUAUCCCAAAACAUUGGAGAACGUACCAAAAAAUAUAUUUGGGUUCAUGCAACCUAAAAUUGCCAUAUUCUCUACACCAAACUCUGAAUUCAAUGUCCUUUUUGAACCAUUGUUGGAAAAUGGUUUUCGACACGAUGACCACAAAUUCGAAUGGACACGCACCGAAUUCAAGGAUUGGGCACUAAAUAUUUGCCAAAAGUAUCAUAAUUAUAGUGUUGCUUUCAUUGGUGUCGGCGACGCGCCACCUGACAAAAAAGAUAUCGGAUACGUCACGCAAAUUGCGAUUUUUGCGCGCAAUGACUUGCUCGAUCGUUCCCUAACUGAACCCUUUAGUAGCGAAGUUCCAGUGGAUUGUGAUCCGGAUGCUGAUGUACAAUACAAAGAAAUAUUUGCAGUUGAUUUUCCAUAUAAUCGCGAUGAACGUAGUAAGGAACAAAAAAUUUUGGACGAGGCGCGCUAUCAAAUCGAUCGUUGCCGUCGUAUAGAUAGAUACUUUAAUCGAGAUCUAGGCGUAUAUCAAGUGCCCCUUACAGUUUUAAAAGACUUUAUUGAAACUCUUGGCGCCUCAAUGCAAGAAUUACUGGCUAUUCUAAAAGAAAACGAUAUUGAAGUGAAAGGAGAUUACAUCAUAUUGCCUGAAUAUGAUGAAGAUGAUUUAAGUUAUCGUCAUUAUGAUGAUUGUUAUGAUGACGAGUACGGUUUGUGGAACGAUGUUGGUUGUAAUGAUGAUGAGACAGAAAAUGAUGAUGAAUUGGGAGCAUGCGGUGGAUAUUCACAUACUAAAGAUGACGCCACUUAUGAUUCUGAGGAAAACUGGGAUUAAAUGAAAGGGAGGGAUGAUGAGCAGAUUUGUUUAGUUAGGGUAGAGUGGAAAAAUAAUAGUUAUAAGUAUGAUAAAAACAUUACAAGGUAAUAUCAUCCUCUCAAUUCGUCGGUCCUGAUGUUUUUCUGACGUUUGCAAGCAUUUUAAAAUCAUAUAAAAUUUAAAAUAAAAAAACUAAAUUGUUCACAAAUGUUUGAAUUGAAAAUGAGAAUGUGCGUGGAAGUUUGAGAAUUUUAAAAUUAUACUGUUGCAAACGUCACACUGCCUGCCAAUGGUUUUUCCUUGUAAUGUUUUGAUAAUGGUUAUAAGCAAGAUGCAUUAAAUAAAUUACAACUCAGUGCAGGUCUCUAAAGUCAAAAAAUAUAAACAAACGAUUCGAAAUUCAUACUUUUUUCGAUUUGCCAUUAUAGGAUGAAAGCAAUGUCAAGCUCAAUCACGCUGUAUUAAAUACAUACAUCUUAGUUAUAAGCUAAAGGUAUUGAACAAAGUGUGAAUAAAUUUAAGAAUUGCUUUCAUAAGAACCAUCCUCUAAUGUCAAAUUGGGAAAAAUUGUAUCAAUCUCGAUUCGUUUGUUUAUAUUUUUUGACAUAAUAGUACUUUAAAAGAGACUCGCACUGAGUUGUCAAUCACAAGGUGUGAUCUAAGGCGUUUAAUACGCCUUGGUUAUAAGUGCGUAAUAUACUUUAUAUUGUCAUUUCGAAAACGGAAACCAUUUUUGCACAUUACAUACAUACCUAUAUACAUAUUUAGAUACAUACAUAUGUAUGUACAAGUCAAUACAUGUUUCGCAUAAUAUAAAAAAGCAAAUAAACUAAAAGCAGUGUUGUUAAAGUGAAAUUGAGAUAUGUAUUUAUUUAUGUGAAACAGAUUUCGCAGUUUUUAAAAGUAGCGUUAUAUGGAAGGAUAGACCAUACGAUAAACAAAAAUCCAGUCAAAUUAUUUCAAAUUCUCUGAAAUUGGACUGUCAUCGUUUUUACUCAGUUUUAACAGAAUAUACAGUAUCGAUCAUUUCAAUAGGACCCUCAUUUCAAAGUGAUAUUGUUUGCCGGUCAUGUUUAUUGUCUUAUUUUUAGGAAUUUUCAAUUAAAAUACAGUUCAAUUUCUAAUAAAAUCCAUAUAAACCGAAGUUUAAAACUUUGUAGAAAACCACAAAAAAGUGCACAGUGAGUACAUAGUUUUAUAGCCUAAUUUUGUAUGGGUGACAAAAAAAUUUUUUACUUACAAUUUUAAACUUUUUUAUAUAUUUUUCAGUAAAGAAAAACUGUGACAAGAAUUUGUCACUGAUACAGAAUAGUGCCGUUAGUCUAAUACUUAAAGUGCUGCGGGUUUUUGCCACAUACAAAUGAAGUGUGUUUAUUCGUUAUUUGGAAGCAAAUGCCACAAAAAAAAAGAUUUGAAAAUCAACGGCAAUUUUUAGCUUCUUGAAACUGGCAUAUUAUCGACUAAAAUUGAAUGGGCUAAAAAAGUGUUUACUAAAAAAAUCUAACACUUUUGAGAAAAAAUUUUGAAAUUUGGGUGAAAAUUUUUUGCACUUUUUUGAAGUCUAUUACAAAGUUUUAAACCUUGGCUUAUACAUAUGGGUUUCGUUAGAGAAUGAUGAACGGUAUAUUAAUUGAAAAUUCUUACAAAUAAAUAAUUAAACAUAAGUGGCAAACAUAUCACUUUGAAAUGGACGUGCUAUCGAUAUGACCGAUACCGUACAUACACUUGGCUAACGUCACCACAUUCAUUUGCUUAUAUUUUUAAGAUAACUAAAAUGUUUGAUGCAAAAAGAUAAAUUUAAGAGUAACCCUAAAUUACUGGUCUGGCACAAAAGAUGAUUGACUAUGUGAUUUGGGUUCCCGGCUUUACUGUCUAAUAAAAACAAAAAAACUGAACUCGUA